UUGCUUGGUUAUGUUACUCUGCGCGCGAAAAAAAAAGAAGAAAUUGCAUUCCGAGCAACCGGCGUCACCUUUGGGUUUAGCUCAAUAAACCCGGCAUUACGGUGCACUUUUGCAUAGUGCAACUAUUCAGAAGCAGACCAUAGGAUCAGCAGCAUCAGCAGCAGCUCUGUAACUAAGCAUAAUUAUGAUGGAUCAACUGUUGCCGCUGGCGGCCGCAAGUCUGCCCAUACUGGCCAUUAUCUUCGUGCUCGGUCUGUCCGCACACAAGGGAUACACGAAUAUACGAUCCCGGUACAAUGCCAGCGUCAAUUGCUGGUUCUGCAGCGGCGACCACAGCGUUCCCUAUGCAGAGCGGAACAGCUGGACCUGUCCGCGCUGUGACCAGUACAAUGGUUUUACCAAGGAUGGCGACUAUAACCGGGACAUGACCUCGCAGCGGGACUGCAGCCAGGUUUCGCGAAAGAGCAGCUCGCAGGGCAGCUCCACCAUCUGUGCGAACUCCUACUAUGCGGAUGUCCUUGGCUCGAGUCCUGCCAUGGCGACCAUGAGCAGCAAUGGUCUGUGCGACAGUUGCAAUGAGGCACAGCGCCUGAAGGUGGAGAAGCUGGCACAGUUUGAGCCCAAGAACGAGGGCCGCUUUGAUCAGGAACUAAAGGUUUUUAGAGAACAACUGGAGCAACAGUAUCGCCUUUGCAGCACUUGUGAGCGGCAUGUGAACGGAGUCCUUCACGAGAAGAAAAAGAUGGUGCUGGGAUCCAAGUUCCUCAACUUUGUUAUCAAGGGAGCCGCACUGCUCAAGCAGCCAUAUAUCAAUCGCCUGGCCACCGCCCAGAGACAACAGAAAUUACAGCGCUAUCGUCAUGUUUUGCUUGUCCUGACAAUUGUCAACAUUCUGUGCCUGAUCUGCCGAAUGCCACAAGCAACCAGCGAACAAUUUACAAAUAUCCUGGGACAAACCAUUGGUUCAGCCCUGUUCCACGCUUACUCGCACGUCGUGACCCUCGUUCGUGUCCUGGUUUCGGGUGUGAUAGGAAGCCUUGUCGAAAAGCAAGAUGUGACGGCCAAGCUCAUGCUAUAUCUCAGCACCUUUGGCAAGCUCUUGCUCUAUUCCGUGGGCCUGAGCCAUCAGCAGGCGCAGCAGGCCACCUUUGCUUCCUGUUUCAUCAGCAGUUAUCCGUAUGCCAUGCUUGCACUUAGCUUCCUGCACAAGAUCAACGAUGGCCUCAAGUUUACGCGCUUCACGGUCAUCCUGCUUUUGUGGAGUGCCUACGCUAGGGGCAUCUCGAUGCUGGCACCGCACAUUGACGGCAUCUCUCUCACACUGCUGGGCAGUGUAAUAACCAUCGGCCUGCUGACCACCAAUCGCUCAAAUCUGCUGAGACUGUCUGCAAACAAUGACGAGUCCGCCGACGACAGUUUCCAUCGGCUGUGUGCGGACGAGUGUAUCAGCGAUGAGGAGACCCUGAGUAUGCUUAGCCAGCAGUUGAGUGACUGCAGCAAUAUAUCCCAGGGUCUGCGCUCCCCCACAAUCUACCAAUCCACAGCUCCGUCAGUUUCGGCUAGGAGCCAAGUCGUGGUGCCACCGGCAUCAUCUGUGCUCUCUCUGGAUUCACUGCACCUCUCGAAUCAUCAUCAACAGCAGCAGCACUCUUGGCGUGGUAAUGGUGCAGGAGUCGCAAAUUCACUGAGCGGAUCCUCAGUGUUCCAGCAGAAACAGCGGCAGCAACACCAGCACCAGCACCAGCAGCACCAACAACAGCAAAUGAUGAUGCGUCAAUGGAAUCGGGGAGCUGCUCCCCUGGCCAGUAACGGACAACGGGAAUACGCACGAUCAACGCAAAGCCUACUGAUGCCAUCACGUUUGCCAUCUGGCAUAAUGAGCGCCAGAAGUACUACCGGAUUGAGCGGUGAUGUCAAUGCCUGGCUGGCGGCCAAUCAAAGCAUGAACCAGGACCUACGCACUGCCAGUGUAAUGCGCCAACAUCACGACGAUGUCUUUGAGGAUAAGCUACAGCAGCAGACGCUGCCACAGCUAUUGUCACGCACCUCGUCACAGUCCUCUGGUUUCGAGUCCCAUCCCAGACCAGAAUCCUGCCAAGGACCAGCAUCACCAUUUUCGAUGCGAGACUACAAUUGCUCGGUGCCGGUACCCGCGGCCAGCCCUUACCAGUUCCCUGGGCAGCAGCAGCAGCAGCAGCAUCAUCAUCACAAUAACAACCACAACCACCAAACCAUUCAGCCAGGCGAUCUGCUGAGGAAAUGGAUCGAUGACGCGGCCAGGGCACCACACCACCUCCACUAAAUAGAGAGAUUUUACAAUUUACAAACGUAUUUAUACAAAGAGAAGGAGAUAAAGAAGGAGAGAAUGGAUCUACGAGUAUAUCUUAGCCUUGUUCUGACAUCCUCCUAUAUUUUUACCUAUUGUUUUGUUCACCAGUUGCUUGUCAAACCACCAGCUCAGGUUCAGGUUAAGUAAUCCUAGUCUUAGUAGGAGGAGGUUCAUGUGUUCAUCUAAGGAUAGGAAUUCACUCUAGGCAAACAAUUGUACAUACUAUAGGCCUUAGUGCUUAGGUAUUAAACUAAAUCUCUUACAAAUGAUUAUUGUUUUUGGAAAUAUAUUAUAAUAAAGUAUGGACAAAAGCGGUAAA